UAUACUAUUUUUUUCUAUUUUGUAAUUGCCUGUGUUAAGACAUCUAAAGCGAAUGGCACGAAGUGAAGACAAGCCCGUAAUUCCGACGCGGCUUCGUGCUGUGGACACAUGUAGCGAUACGUGAUAAUACAAAAUGGUAACCGUGUAAGCCAUUGCUGUAACAGUAAUUAUGGCGGGGGGAGGGGGGUCGCGAAGGUUAUGCUGCCUCCUCGCUGAAUCGCUGCACCUGUUCAAAGAAGCAUUGAUGGCGGAAUUUAAAUAAGAAGGCGGCUUUGUGGCGGAUAAUGAGGCGGCGCGCGUGCGGCGCUGUUCCGGGGGAGGGCACGGGGCGUCGGGAGCAGAUGGCAAUUACCAGAUUGGAUAACCGCCUUUGUGAAAGGUCCCGGAGCCGUUUGAAGGCCCUGCAUUGUCCUCCCCCUAUUGAUAAUUAGUAAUAGUUAAUUAUAAGUGUAAUGCCAGUUAUGGUUAGAGGCCGAUGCGGUGAGACGCUAAAGCCUAACGGUGAUUUAGGCAGCGUGUGUUUGGGACUGACGCUGUAUCGCAUCACAAACUGACCGAGGAAGAUUAAACUAGAUGCGCCCGAACUGGGCUGAGUUUCCCGAAGCCUUAAUUCGUCCUUCGUAAGUUCUGUGUUAAAAAGAUAGAAUUUAUGAACGACAUAUCUUUAAGGCUUUAGGAAACUCAGCCCUGGACAACACAGGCUAUUUGACGUACACUGUUACCCAGGUAGAUAUGAUUUUGUUGAGCGGUGUAGGGAUGAGGGGGUGGUAAUGUUUUUUCAGGCUGGUCUGAAAACUAAAAAAAAAAAAACUUCUUUAGUCACCCUUGUUUUGUAUUAGUGAAGAAAUGUAGGUCCUACUGUUUCUCUUCACUGCUGAUACCUGUAGCAAUAAAAAUUAUGCACAUUUUACAUCAGGGUAAGUACAGCUCGUUUGUAGUAAAAUUGUUUUUAAUUAGGUACUGUAUGCUUAGGAAGUGCAUGAAAUACAUGUUUUUAAACAUAUACGUAUGGAAUUUUUAACCCCAAAUUCAGGGGGUUAUAUAUUCGCUAACCCUAGUUUUGUGUAGGAUGUGAUUGUGACUUCACACUGGUGGGAGUACCUGUGGCUGCGAGGUUUGCCUAAAAAGCAGGAGCUUUGAACGUCUGAGGAGCGUGAGAUGGCCCUGCAUAAGCUGCUGGCACGCAGCAGAUCUCGGCCAGAUUGUAGCUGCCAUUAGAGACAGCAGUUGCCUUAGAGUUUUGGAUUCAAAAUCUUAGUCCCCUGUGAGGAACUUUAUGGAUUUUUGGAUACAAAUAAUCAUGCAGUGGGAACACUUUUACUGCUGGGUAGGCAUGGACUGAUUCUCUUUCCGAUUUCUCUUCAAUCCAAAGUUGGUACCGUCGAUAUUGAUAUUAAAUCCGGCCCAAACAUUGAUAAUAAACCUUGUCAAGCAGGGGGCUGGAGAUGUGCUGCUGGAUCAGUUGUUGCCCCUCAGCACUGUAGCAGUUCAUGUACGGUAGGUAUUUCAAUGAAUGAAAGUUGCAUUUAUAUAGCGCUUUUCUCAACACUUGAAGCGCUUUAUAGAAGCAGUGGGGAACCACUUCAACCACCACCACAAUGUUUAGAAUAGAUUCUCAAAAUGAAAACAUUCUGAUUGAAAGAAUCAAUAUUUUAGCAUCGAUCUACACAUCCCUACUUGGAGAUGUAUAGUAGCCGCCUUCCUGUGAUGUCCUGGAUUUGUAUGAAGUAAAGAUCUGCUUCAGGUUCUGAGAGUGACUUUUCUGUUCUGUUUUUUGGCUUAAUUUCUUCACUAUCGAUCCUGCUUAAAUAAGACAGUGGCAGCAGCGACGCAAAUUUCUUCCCUUAGUUAAGAGUAUUUGACUCAGGAUCAAAAGAAAUGUUACUUUGUAUAAGCUGACUGCUCUGGUGACUAAGGGUUUGGUUUUAGGGAAAUGCUUUUAGAGAAAAAUGUCAAAAGUAUAUUAAGUUAUCAAUGCCAUGGGGUUUUGCUGCAAACUUUUGAUUGUUGACCUGCUUAUUUGAUUUCCCCUUUGUGUUUCUCUGUAAAAGGGAAGGUUAUUGUUUACCGGCUUAGCAGAACGUAUGUCACAGUGGGGUGUGAGUGGGGGCCGAGGCUGCAUCCCUGCUGUUCUGAUCGUGUGCUGCUGGCUCUUUGUAAGAGCGUCAACUUUUGUGUUCCCGUGGCAGAGUAGACAAAGCAGCAGCUCUCCAUGUGCAGAACUCCACUUCUGGCAGCCAUGGCCUGUGACCUGUCCGCUUCAGUUUGAUGGGGGGGGGGGGGGGUGUCUGGCCCCCCCAGAGAAGGAGGAAUCAUCUGAAACAGUAUUUCUCAAUCCCAGAUAGUUCAUGUUUACCAGGAACUGGGAGGCAGAAAAAAUGUGGGCUGUUUGGGAGGGAGCGGACGAAUGGGGUGCCGGGGGGGUCCUCGAUGAGAAGAUUGAGAAAUUCUGAUCUAGAAAGUACAGGAAUUAUUGACUGGUUUUGGAUCGGUUUUCCAGUACUUAUCGCACCAUAAUUGGUGUUUCUGUAUUCUAUCACAGUCAUGGGCAAACCUGACGAGUGUCCUGUAUCAUUCCGAUAGUGUGAAAACUGCCUCCAUUAAUGAUUUCGUUAAUGAUUUUGCUAUUGCUUUGCUAAUUUGGCCUUCCUGCAGUAAGGUAUACUCUUCUAUCUUUCCCCAGUUCUGGCACAAACUAAAAAUACACAUAUUCAGACUCUGCUCCAAACCCUAAAUGAAUGCACUGCCUCUGCCUGUUUUUGCAUGGUGACGAUAGCACAGCACUCUUGUACGCAGUGUUAAGUAGUCUGAGUGCGAGCAGGCAUUCCGUGUUCCAUACAUUUAAUGUACUAUGUUUGGCACUCAAGUACAUGUCCGUCAAGAAAAUAAAAGUAGGUUUAAAAAUGAUACCUGAUUUAUGCAUGUGUUUUUUCCACUUGUGGCCGAUUUAAAUAGCAUAUGUCGCUCUGCAGUGUACCUUCUUGGAGUGAUUGAUGUGUCCUAGAGUGCAUGUCACCCUGUGUAUCUGCGAGUGUAUAGCAGUCUGUGUUCCGCCUCCUCCUGCGUGUCACUCUCCACCAAUCCCACUGGCCCUGGCCACCCGGUCUGCUCCACUGACAAUAGUAAGUGUGACCAUGGCCUCCUGAUCGAAGCAGGCCUUCAGAAUGGGGCUGGCACUUCAUCAGGAAGUGCCUGUAUGUAUUUAUGUAUGCAUUUUGGGGGGGGUAUCGGCAUUUGGACCAACAGCUGGCCUGGUUCCAUUACAGACCUGCUCCCUUUUUUGUCCUCGCUGUCAGAGUGUUCACCUCAGCCCUGGAGCAGAGUCUUCCUGCUGUUCUCCAAAUCCGUCCCGCUGAGCUGUUCGCGUGGCCGGAGAGAAUCGCACUGUUCUUUGUUGGGGGGCAUGCUUCACACGUGAUUGGUUUCGACCGCCCCCUACUUGGCUGGGGAAGUGAAACGUCACAGUCGGCUGGAUCACAGCUCGGUGACCAAUUGCGGACCAGCAGCCUCUGGCCUAGAAGCCUUCUGUGGUAUACUCACUCAGGGGCCUGAUCCUACACCCCCCCUUGCUCUUUGUCUGUGGGCUGCUGAGGCUGGUGCACUGAGGCCACACUCACUGACCUGCUCACAAUGCAUCUUUGGUUCUUCCUGUUAGUGACUGGCGGGGCUGUGGCCGUUUGACCUUUCAGGUCACAACAGGGCAGACACUCACCGUGUGCUGCAGUGGCUGUAUAAAACAUACCCUUCCUUGCACAGUGCUGAACUUGUGCUUCAAUAAAUUAACUAGUAUAUGAAGCAUAGUGCAAUGAAUUGGCUAAACAGAAAUGUCUACAUGUGUACAAAAUACCUGAAGAACUUAGGGCACUUUUCCACUGCACCAGGUACCAGACUUUUGGCACUUUCCCUUUUCCAUUGACUUAUAGUUGAGUAUCCAUACCAAAAGUUCCCGAGCCAAAGCAGCUGGGGUACUUCUUUGGUACUUUAGUAUUCUGGGGUCGGACUUGGAAACAUGUUCAUUUUCAAUUGGUUAUGCAAAUAGCCUGCUUUGGAAACACAAUACAAUCACCAUCUUGAAAAGUUACAAACUCAGAAAACAACAACAAAUGAAGUAAAAUAAUAAUAAAGUAAUAAUAAUGUAUGCAUAGACAAAUGAAGAGACCUUUAACUGAAUCUUUAAUUGCGAUCUAGUCGGAAGAACCAGAAGAAGAUCUAGACGGCAUGACAAGAAAUUUGCUAUAAUAUACUAGGGCUGCGCGAUACUGGAAAAAUUACAGAUAUUGCAGUGUGAUUUUUUUGUAAUAAAUAUUGGGGUAUUUAUAAAGCAAAAAAGGAGUCCGAAAUAAAUAGACUUCUCACAAACUCAACUAAGAGUGAGGAUGAAAAUGAUUAUGAUCUGACAUGCAGCACUUGUGCAAAAGCAGCAGCGGUAAACUUUACACUGAUUUUUAAACAUUCUACAUAAUCUUGAAAAUGAACAAUCAUUAAAAUUUCAGUGCUUGCUAACUCUUAUUUACUAUUACAGAAUAAAAUAUGUUUUAGCGAAACUUAAACCCCCCACACUGUAACAUCCAGACAGAAUGAAGGUAUGAAAAAGCCUGAUCUCAACCGGCUAACUAUCAUGGUCCUUGCGAUAUGUGAACUGCAUUUGCAUAACAUGCAAUGCUAGUAUUAAUAUCGCACAUUGCCCAGCCCUAUAAUACACUACAGCCAUUUUUCAAAUUCAGUGCAAAAUACCCCAUCUCACACUGUGAUGUCAUUCAGUGUUGGUACCAGUUUUUACGAGAGUGGAAAACCAACACCUCGAAGUACCAAAAGUAUGGUACCUGAUGCAGUGGAAAAGCACCCUUAAGGCCUCAGAAGAGAUACGAGCAACUCCUCCCCAUCAUUGAGUACAAAAGAGAUACAUUUCUUAGGUCUGCCUCUUUCUUGAUGUUCCUUAUGGGGAGCCGUGGAAGUGUCUUGUGGACAUGGAGGUGAUAGGGAGCGUGAGCUGUUGGAUCUGUCCCAUGAAGUCAGGCUCAGGAAGGCCAAGCUGCGAUGGAAAUUAAGGAGGCUUGGUGUAAGAAUGUGACUUAUUGAGGAUCCCUCUGCAAAGCAAUACUAGAGUACAGUGCUCACCUGCAAGCCUGUCACUAGAGGCUGGGAGAGGAUUUCAUGCUUGCGAGAGUCUUCCUGUACCCCAGGAGAUAUCUCUCUGUAACACAUACGCACCGUGCACUGUAUUUCGUCUGCUAAUGUCAGUGGCCUCCUCCUGUGUCUUAGCUAUGGCUGCUCAGUUACGGCAAAAAUCAUAAUCACAAUUAAUGUUGGUCAGUAUUGAGAUCACAAUUAUUUAACGCGAUUUCUCUUUGACUUUGAAUAUAGUGUGCAUUUAUUGAAUUAAAACUUGUCUAGUGGAUUUCCUCAAACUCUAAAUGUAAUUCAACUGAGAAACAAAUAAAAUGGAGCUGAAUGGGGUGCUUUGGGUUUAUAACACCAGACAAAAUAGGAGCAUCUUUGCAAUACAACAUGCGAUACAACAAUUGUUUUAUCUUGAUUCUUUUGUUUUGAUGAUCGUUGGAAGCCAAAAUCAUAAUUAAAAUUAAAAUUUGAUCAGUUGCGCAGCUCUGUUCUUGGCUAUGCGCUUGGUUAGUUGAUCCCUGCUGUGGCUCCAUCUUCUGCUUGGUUUGGACCAAAUGACCCAGCAUGUUCCAGGAUCUAGGGAGAAAUAAUCUCACAGUUUGCAUUCUCAGCUUCUGUAUUGUUCCCCAGCGUCUCCUGAUCUCUCUGGGCAGCCUUGGACAGGGAUGGUUCUUCCUUGCUGAAAGGGGUUAGUAAUGCUGUGAUUCAAGAAAAGGAAGGACGGCCGUAAUUCUGACCCAAAAGGAGAUACACUCUUACUGGUCAAAUUGUGCAUUUUAGGGAUUUAACUCUAGACCAGAUUCUUAAACUCCAGUCACAGUUGUGCAUCAGUUGCUAUGUCUAAAACCCAAAAUCCUCCUUCAGAAAUGCACAGGAGGCAGCUGAAAAAUACUGAUUCUAAGAAUUGCUUGAAGGCUUUCUUAAUGGAUACUAACACAAAAUGUAUGAGAACACUACAUGCUUUUUUGUUAGACUUAAAUAUCUUAAGAUACCAGGUUUUGUUACAGAAUAAAAAGUAACCUUGUUCUUACUUUGUGGUUUCUUAUCGCCUCUACAUGUCUGACUGGUACCAGGAGUAAUUCUGUUGUGUGCAUUGCAGAGAGUCAUGUCAAAAAUGUCCCUCUUGUGCAGUGAUAAUAUUUUUUAAGAUCCUUUCAAGAACUUAGAAAGGAAUUGUGUUUCGCUUUGAUUGAUUUUUAUAAAAUGCAGUGUUAAAGUGUCGUGUUGCAGACCAGACAAAAUGUCACAGAAUAAUGUCUCUGGUGACAUUUAAAAUGAGUUUUGCGUACUUGCCUUUGGCUUGUAGGUGUACAUUGCGGUUGAGGUUGCUGUUCCUCUUUGAGGAGGUGACCAUUUUGUUCCUUUGCAGAAGUGUGUCUGAACAAUAUAGACAUCGUGCUUUUGAGUGGCCAUGAGCUCUCCAUUCAUUAUCCAGACCGCUUUCUGGUGGCCCGUCCCCCCCCCUACUCCCCCAACACCCUUUUUAAGAACGCGGGCUUUUGGACAUAAUUCAGCCCAUUGUUGGCGCCUCACGCCCAGGACAAAGGGCCGUGGGGCCUGGGGAGCGAGCAGCCAGGUGUUCCUCUGGAUCAGCCAGCCCUCCGAGGGCCACAAGACCCACACAGCAGCUGCCCGCUGGGGCCUUUUGUGUAUCUCCAUUGUUGACACUCACCCCCCUGUUGGGUCAUGGACCGCGCGGGGGGGACAGUGGGGUGGGGAGUUGAGACCACUUGCUUAUCUUAGAAACCUCUAAGUCGUGAUGUAUCUCUGCCCCUGCAUAUGCCUGUGUGUGUUAAAACAUGGCAAAGGGUAUAUUUCUAUGUAUGAAUUAGCGUAUGGAUAUUCAUGCUUUCUGUUCAAGUGUGUGUGAGCAUGUGUGUGUGUACACGUGUGCACUAGUGUGCUACGCUUGCCUACAUCUGCCUGCCUGUCUCAUUGUGUGCUGCCCGAGCUCCCAUUGGCUGAAGAAGGUGGGGGAGGCGUGGCUAGCUGGGGUCCAUCUGUUGAGCCACUCAUUGUGCAGCCUGGCUGGGAGCGAACGGCUCUUCAGAUGGGCCUGUGGAGCGAGAGGUGCAGCACGAGGCUGAGGUCCCCUCCAAGUAGCAAGCACUGCCACCUGGACUAGAGGGAAGCACAGGAAAGAAGAAGAAAACCCAGGGUAUCCAUCUUAUGCUCUCAGGCUGUUUUCCUCUUUUUCUUCCACUUCUUUGCUGUGGCCAUUUUCCUACCAGCUAAGUCUCACAGGAAGCUGCUAGAUUCUUCUCUCUGUAGGAUUUAAAGGAUUUAAAGUCACAGUUUUCUUACCAGGGGCCAUUGGAGUCGAGGACUCAGAGCGGCGGCGGGCACGGCGGGCACGGAGGCACCACCGGGGGCCCCGAUCUGGAUGUUAGCGACGGCUUCAUGGGCCUCAAGGACCACCUGGAGGAUGGGGUAGGCCGCAUCCUGGACCUGGGGCUGGAUUUGGACUACCUCCAUGUGGAAACUAUGGAUCGCCAGUCUGGAGCGAGCGGCGACCCUGGUUCAGCUGCUGUGGAGAUGGGUGUGGCCCACGUGAGUGACAUCUGCUCCUCCACCUCCCUGGGGGACUCUGAGGAAAGUGCCGAGUCUGACAAUGAGGCCGAUCGGGCGCCUAGUAACUGCAGCCAUGGUGACCGCCCAUCGCCUAGCCCAGACUCAACUGCAGCACCACCUAGAGACACUCCUCAGUGUUCAGUGGUCCCUUUGGAAGAGCCCGACCAGGCUAACAUGGCCAGGGAGUACCAGACCAAGAUGGAGUUUGCACUAAAGCUGGGCUACAGCGAAGAACUGGUUCAACUGGUGCUAAGCAAACUUGGGCCUGGGGCACUGAUUAAUGAUAUUCUGGGGGAACUGGUCAAACUGGGCAGCAAACCAGAGGCUGAGCCGGGGGGUGGUUCAGCAGCCUUGCCCUCUGCCUCGUUGUCUGCCACGUCCUCCUCUUCCUCUUCCACCUCCUCCCCUUCUGGUGUCUUCCGCUCUGCCUCCAACUCACUCCGGUCCGACUCCCCCGUCUACCCAGAGGGCCCAGAUGACACGGACAACUUGCGGCCAGUAGUGCUGGAUGGCAGCAAUGUGGCCAUGAGCCAUGGCAACAAAGAAGUAUUUUCCUGCCGAGGUAUCCAGUUGGCAGUGGACUGGUUUCGGGACCGUGGGCACAGGGACGUCACUGUGUUUGUGCCGGCCUGGAGGAAGGAGCAGUCGCGCCCAGAUGCACUUAUUACAGACCAGGAGAUCCUGCGGCGGCUAGAGAAGGAGAAGAUCCUGGUGUUCACACCGUCGCGGCGCGUCCAGGGCCGGCGCGUCGUCUGCUAUGACGACCGCUUUAUCGUCAAGCUGGCGCACGAGUCCGACGGCAUCAUCGUGUCCAAUGAUAACUACAGAGACCUGGCCAAUGAGAAGCCCGAGUGGAAGAAGUUCAUCGACGAGAGGCUACUCAUGUAUUCCUUUGUCAACGACAAGUUCAUGCCUCCCGAUGACCCCCUGGGGCGGCACGGCCCCAGCCUGGACAACUUCCUGCGAAAGCGGCCCGUGCUCCCAGAGCACAGAAAGCAGCCAUGUCCCUACGGUAAGAAGUGCACCUACGGGCACAAAUGCAAAUUCCACCACCCGGAGAGGGGCCCCCAGCCACAGCGCUCAGUUGCUGAUGAGCUGCGUGCCAGCGCCCGCAGCUCCAGGGGCCUGGGUGACGGCGUGCUGGUGAAGAGCCACAGUGCCCCCUGUGCCCCCCGGCCAGAUGGUGCCAAGCGGCCCAGCUCCAAACGGCAGUCGGACCCUGCCGUGCGCGCCUACUCAUGUGGGGACCUGGAUGACAGCACACAAGGGGAGAUGCGUCGGAGGAGCAGCGCCCCCCCCAGCCAGGGCCUCGUCUGUGCCCCCCCGCAGGACACCAGGCCGCAGCCUGUAGGAGGCGCUGCGUCCUUCUCCUGCUCGGAAGUGUACCCACGCUGUGACUCGCCGGACCUGAGCUAUUACUCAGUGGUGAGCGGCUGUGCAUCGCUGGGCCUGGCGACAGAGGCGGCCCUUCUGCGGGGGGGCUCCGAGCCAUCCGACUGUGGCAGCGAGGGGGGGGUCAGCUGCGGCAGCAGUGGCUCCGACUCCUUCAGCGAGCGCACUCGUGUGCUCUCCCCAGACCCGCCCCUGGAUGACCUGAAUUGCCGCCACCACCGCCGCUACCUGCAGUACCCCGGCUACCCCCACUCCUACAUGUAUGCCCCGCCCCCCGGCGCUCUCUCGGCACAGUACUACCAGCGGCACACCGAGGGCCCGGGCAGGGCACAAGGCUUUGGCCGUGAGGACAAACGCUCACUGCCCUACAUGCCCACACGUCCGGUGGUGAGCUCCGGCUGCCACAGCGACUGCACCUCGCUGCCCCUGACCCCCCCGCGUCCCCCCGCCUCCCCCCCUGGCCGCAGCUUGGCUUCCACCCGUGCCGAGAGCAUUUCUGACUCCCGCCUCUACCGGCAGUCCCUGCUGCAGAGAGGGGGGCCCUACAGCAGCUGGGACUCGUAUCACGGCCACCACCGCCCCCCCCCAGCCAUGCCGGUGCCCCCACCCAGCCAGCCCUGCUACCAGCCCUUUGCCUUUCAGAAUGCAGCAGAAAACCGCGAGCAGGCCUGGCGUCAGCCCUGGGGCCGCUCCCCCAACCCCAGCCACCCCCCAGCGGAGCCCCCCCCUCUGAGCCGCUACCAGGACGUGCGGGAGAAGGUCUUCGUCAACCUCUGCAACAUCUUCCCCCCAGAACUGGUGCGGCUGGUGAUGGGUAGGAACCCCCAUGUGACAGAUGCACAGGAACUGGCGGCGGCCAUCCUGGCUGAGAAAUCCUCGGGAUACUGAGGAGGGCCGGGGCUCCUCCUGUCCUCCUUUAGUGAAUCACUGCAUCUCUCCUGGGCCACUGGCUGGUUCACAUUAGUGAUGCAUUAUGGAGGUGACAGAUGACAUGGUCUUCAUUACUGUGAUGGGGUGAGGUGGCACUGAAACCCCAGUGCACAUGCAGGCCAACAGUAGCACUUGGCUGCAGAAGACUGUCGCUUUCCAUAGUUUUAAUUUUUAAAAAAUUGCCUAAAUGUAUCUGCACAGCUGGCAAAGUUUUGUUCAUAGAGAGGGCUUUUAAUAGUGUGUGUGUGUGUGUGUGUGUGUGUGUGUGUACUGAAACAAAAGUCAGUUUAUUAUUAUUUAUUUUUCACAAAUUGUUAAUUUUUAAAAUUUUUCUUUUUGUAAAAUGAGUUUUAGCAAGAAGGUGUUGAUCCUUAAGGCACUUUUCCAUUGGUGUUUAUCCAACUAAAGACAGAAGCAAAAAUCCUGGCAAUCAGAUAACAUGAGCCCAAGGCUGUAGGUUUGCUGUGAUUCAUCGGAGAGGCAGAGGUCAUGCUCCGAGAUCAGUAGAAAAUUGGCUCAAUCAAUUUAACUGGCUUUUUUUUUUGACAAAGUAAAGCUAAAACUGUUUACUGCCGUUUAACUGUGAUCAAGGUUUGGGUGCUCAGGACGAAAACGUUCCAGUUUCAGCCAUCUGCUGUGAUUCACAGGGUAAUGAAAUACACAUGAUGACCCCCAACCCCAAGUCACCUUAAUAACGACGUAUUUAUUUUUCUAUACGCCAAUUAUUGUUUUUACCCAGAAUGCCUUGACAGUCCCUGAUGCCGAGGGAUUGGCUUUCCGCUUUACAAUCCAUCGCUUCUACUCACUUUGCAUUCAUUUGUUUUUAUUGUAAAAAAAUUAAAUUUCUUCCCAAAAACAAGAUGCCAUUGAAAUCACAAGACUUAAGCUGUUUGAGGAUAUGCAAGUCCGUGUGGUUGAUGCACUAUAAUGUAUUGCUUAAUUUAUUUGAUCAUUAUUGUUCUUUUAUGUUUUGUUUUUGUUAUGUUGUUUGUCAUGUUUUUUGUUACAGUAAAGUUACAAAAGGUGUUGUCAUAGAAACCAGCAAGGGUAUGCCCUGUCUAGGUUACUCAUGGAGAUGGAUGUGUGUAUCGCUUUGGGUUUACUGCUGUCCAGCAAAACGGUGACCAAAUGUAUAGAGGGGGCAGUGCUUGCCAGCUCGCUCUGAAGUUAUCCGCAUUCCUGUUCCCCACCUAAAUAUUUCUGGGGUUGGAAUUUGAAGCCGUCACAGUGGUUGUGCACCUGUGCUCAGGUGCCGCUUGCUGGCUACACCAUCUCCGUCACACAGCGGGAAGGACUUGUCUGCCCGCCACAUAGCUGUCAGACUUCCGUUCGGUGGUUUCCUCCUAGCUGGCAGGGGAGACCGUACCGCUACACAAACCUUGGGGGCUUAAUAAUAAGAAACCCUUUUACAGUUGAUACAAAUUGUAUCUUAUUAAGUUAAUUACAGAUUUUUAAUAUAUGAGAGAUACACAUGUACACAGUAUAUAUGAAUGUUUAUGAUAGUUUACAGUAGUCACACUUUUAACUGUUGUUAAAGAGAAGGUCUUGGGCAACGUUUCAUUGUAUAAUUACAGUAUGGAGAUGGGUUUGGCGGGAUGUAGAGUGCUGGAUGCAGAUGCUCCUAUUAAGGAAGUUUAGAAGGAACAGUGAUUACAGGAGGGGGCAUUUGCAUUGAGACAUUAAACCCAUUUAUGGCCUCAGCAACAUGUAUUAUCACAGUAUCAGUGUUCAUAAUGCUGGAGGCCUAUUUUCCUUAAUGCCAUUCACUCCUGGUGUGCCGCUGUAAUAUACGUAGGUGUGCAGUUGUUAGCAUUAAGGUAGAUCUAGCAGCUGUAGCAAUAGGUAAUAUUAGCAGUAGCAACUGAGAGUAUCAGCAGAUGUGGACAGUUGACACCAGAAUCGGAAUUAGUGACAAAAUGCUGCAGAAAGAAAUCUGGAUUCAUGAAACAAUUACAAAUUCUGAAAGCGGUCCAGGUCUCCAGCAUGUUCAGUAAUUACCGAUCAGGACAGGUAACUGUUUUUGUUUGAAGUCCUGUUUUCUUUAAUGGCCCACUUGGUUUCUUGGGGGUCGAUAUGAAAGAGGGCAGCAUGAUGUGUGAUGAACACCUUUUUUUAAACGUGAAGAGCCUUCCCCUGGCCGCGUGACACCAUGUGUCGCGCUGAGCGGUGGGGUGGGCGUACAGUAAAUGCUUCUACAUGGCAUUGCGCUUAUUGACACACCCAAUGAUAAUCUGAACCGUGUUCAGCUGUUUCUUCCUCUUAUUUUUCUUAAUGCUUUACUACUGUCCAAGAGAACUUGUGUAAAGGCUGUCAGCUGCUUGGCGUGAUGUUCAAUGUGUAGCUUUGCUGGAUGUUUCAUACAUUAUUUUUAGGUUGUUCUUGCUGGAAUCGUUCAGCUCUGCUCUGCUCUGCAUUUUAAAUUGAUAACGUAUCUCAUUACAAGUAGAUUAUGUAUCAGUGUAUACAAAUUAGUGUCAGUAUAGUACUAUGGAUGCAGAUGCCUUUUGCUCAUUUCAGCAUAAAGGUAGCAUUUUGUGGAGUGUAUGAAUUUCUGUUUAAUAUUGGUUUGCUUUCAUGGAGUUUUAUUCUAGUUGUAGAGUAUAACAUAUUAGAAGCUUCAUCGUAGAACUACCUGACAGGUCUUUCCUUUAGAAAAAACAAAGAAAAUGGAAAAAAAAAAGAAAGCUUGACAGUGCAGGACUUCAGGGAUGCUAAAUCCCCAUGAUGACCAAAGGAGGUGGCUAACUUUAUACUCAAGUGUUAGUGUACAUGUGCAUUGUUUUGCCAGGCCUACAGUAGAGCUGGGGGAUAUGGCCAAAAAUGUUAUCGCGAUAAAAAAUGUUCAUAUUGGUCGAUAUUGAUAAUUAUUGCAAUGAGUGUCAAAUCGUUCUUUCCAGUUUAAUGAUUGAUUUUUACUCCUGGGUUAACUAACUAUUCUCCUGAGAUAAACUAUUCUCUGUCAUCCAAACGUGACAAAAACUGGCCAGAAUGAUGCUCUCAGAACAAUUCGUUAUAUUUUCUAAGCCCACUAGAUGGAGUUCUCUGUUCAUAAAAGGGCUCAAAGCGUGUCGAGAAGGAAACAAAAAGCGCCACGUGGUUUUGAAAAGUAUCGCAAAUGGUUCAUGAACCCUCAUUUUGGCCAUCACUACCAAGCAUUUUUGGCAUUUUGUAUUUCACAAGUCUGAGAUGAACAGCUUAUUUUAGUCAUCGCUGCAAAAACACCACCACAUUCUAUCUGUUACUUAAUUAUCUGUGGAUUGUUACUGUCGGGGUUUUUCAUGGAUUGAAUUUUACUGAGGCUUUUCCUUUUGGAUUUCGCUGGAUUACCCUUAAUGUAUUCUGUUACCUGUUGAAUAGAUCCCUCCUUUUCAAGGCUGUGCUUGUGUUGCCAGUCCUGAUAAGUAGUCACAAAGAAAGUGAUGUCAUUUUCUGAUGCAAAGCAAGUCACCGAAAUAUCGAAAUCAUAUUGCGCAUUUGGAACAUUGAUAUCGAGGGACAUUAUCCUGCGAUAAUUAUCAUUUUAUCACCCAACCCAUGCCUACAACAUAACUCACCUGGAAAACAAAACUGAAAUGCGGGCCAAGCGCCUAAAAUUCAAUGUCUCCAAAUCUGUGUACGUCUGCUUUUAGUUUUAAUCUAUUCCCCCAAUUUAAUUUAAUUAGUCCAAUUAAUUGCAGACAAUCCUUGUUUAGCCCAAAAAACUGCAGUUAAAUUUGUGUAUGUACAAAUGGUGAAACUUAAGAACUUCACCCUGCCCUUGGUAGUGAAGUGGCACAGAGAUGUCUUCACUCUAGUGUCACGUCAUCACUGUCAUCAUUUCAGUCACACAGGAAGAUGGGAUUCAUCCAUUUCCACAUUAUAAACAAUUAAAGAAAGUAGUAGGACUCGAAAUUGCAUUUCAUUUGUAGCUCUGUGUUUAUACUUGGUUGAAUAAACUAAAUGCAUCCCCCUAGUGUUUGCAAAGCAUAUUAAAUUCAUGAUUCAAUGUGUUUAGAUUAAUUGCAGUUACAAUAUGAGAUGCAUAAUUCCAGCUUCAGGUGAACUGAUUAGAUAUGCAGCGAAGCUGGGUGUUUUUUUGACAGCAGUCCAGCUCAAGAGACAUCUGUCCAAGAACAUGCCAAUAAAUCGUCACCAAGACUAUUGUCAUUUGAACAUGUCAAGUUAUUUCAAAUUCUUUAACAGGUCUGCUUCAAAAGUUCAAGUUAAACACCAAAUUCCACAAAACCGUGUCUGAUAGUAAUGUGCAGAAACGUGUAUUUUCCAGAAUUACUUUGGUCAAUGCUUGUGUCUGCAGUGAACCAAUGCUUGGUUUUGUGUGAUGUAUUUUGUAAAAGAAUUUGUGAAUCGGGAGCUUUGAAAAUAAAAUAAACUUGCAUUGGC